UCCAAGUUUUUUCAUAUGUUUCUUUGCUUUUUUAAGGAAUGUAGUAAAAAAUCAAAAACCGAUGACCAAGAGAAUGCAUCAGCGGAUGUACCGAGUCCGGCCCAGGAGAAUGGCGAGAAGGGGGAAUUCCAUAAGUUGGCCGAUGCCAAGAUAUUUCUGAGUGACUGCCUGGCGUGUGACAGUUGUGUGACCGCAGAGGAAGGAGUCCAAGUUUCCCAGCAGAAUGCCAAGGACUUCUUCCGUGUUCUGAACCUUAAUAAGAAAUGUGAUACCUCAAAGCACAAGGUGCUGGCAGUGUCCGUGUGUCCACAGUCUCUGCCUUAUUUUGCUGCUAAAUUCAGCCUCAGUGUCACAGAUGCAUCCAGAAGGCUCUGCGGCUUCCUCAAGAGCCUGGGGGUGCACUAUGUCUUCGACAUGACAAUAGCUGCGGAUUUCAGCAUCCUGGAGAGUCAGAAAGAAUUUGUGCGCCGGUACCACCAGCACCGUGAGGAAGAGCCCACGUUACCCAUGCUGACCUCCGCCUGUCCUGGCUGGGUCCGAUACGCGGAGCGGGUGCUGGGCCACCCCAUCACGCCCCACCUCUGCACUGCCAAGUCUCCCCAGCAGAUCAUGGGCUCCCUGGUGAAGGAUUACUUCGCCAGACGGCAGAACCUGUCCCCAGACAAGAUUUUCCACGUCAUUGUGGCCCCGUGUUAUGACAAGAAACUGGAGGCCCUUCGAGAAGAUGUUCCCACAGCUUUGCACAAUUCCCGGGGUGCUGAUUGCGUGCUAACCUCAGGUGAAGUUGUUCAGAUAAUGGAGCAAAGUGACCUCUCCGUGAGCGACGCUGCCGUGGACACUCUGUUUGGAGACCUGAGAGAGGAAGAGGUGAGGCGCCAUGACGGCGCCAGCUCGGACGGGUACCUGGCGCACAUCUUCAGGCACGCAGCCAAGGAGCUGUUCAACGAGGACGUGGGGGCCGUCACCUACCGAGCCCUGAGGAACAAAGACUUCCAGGAGGUCACUCUUGAGAAGGAUGGAGAGGUCCUGCUGCGCUUCGCGGCUGCGUAUGGCUUUCGAAACAUCCAGAAUGUGGUUCUGAAGCUAAAGAAGGGCAAGUUCCCAUAUCACUUCGUGGAGGUCCUCGCCUGUGCCGGGGGAUGUUUAAGCGGCAGGGGCCAAGCCCAGGCGGAGGACGGGCGUGCAGACAGGGCACUGCUGCGGCAGAUGGAAGGCAUUUACGCCGCCAUCCCUGUGCGGCCCCCGGAGACCAGCGCCCACGUGCAGGAGCUGUACCAGGAGUGGCUGGGCGGGGCCGACUCCCCCAGGGUCCAGGCAGCCCUGCACACGGCCUACCAGGGCCCGGGGCAGCCCACCAGCAGCCGGGACAUUAAGUGGUGAAGGUCCAGUGGACGGGCUGCAGAGUUCCCUGCUCCUCAUCUGUUGACGGCUCCCCCCUCUGUUGGGUGCUGUCUUUAUCAUCUUUGUGUGACUGGAACAUUGUAUCUUGAGAGAAGGGUUGCCCCGGUUUACGUUUCCAAAAGGAAAGAUUCUAAAAACCCCCAAGAUGAAAAAAUCCCAAAGAGCAAGAAUGGAGAUAGACUCUUAGUGUCUGCAAAGAGUUCAGACCUGGCUCUGUCCAUGGGCCUCGGAGGGAGGGG